GGAACAGGUCGAAUCUGUGGACAAAAAAGGGUGGGCGGGUGGAUAUCGGGGCAUGUACUACACUUAAGGUAACUUUAGAGGUGGGGAGCAUUGGAAGUUCUAUGUAUGUCUGAAUUUAGCUACAUUAGAGAAACGAAGCUGUUUUCCAGUCUAGUUGCGAUACCUGGAUGCACUACUUCGGUGUUUAUAGUUAUAUGAACUAUUUAUUUUUAUGACCUCUUUUGAAAGGUAAAAAUUAAAUCUAGUUUUAUAAUGCUUCAGACAAAUAUGCAAUCAAUAACAAUGAAUUGUUGCCCUAGAGCUAGUCUAUAAUGGAUUUGUGUAGAGUUAUACCAAAUCAAAUUCAAAGAAACGCACGUACAAUUUUAAAAUGAUAUAAAACUAUGUAUACAUUACAAUAACAUUUUGUUUUAUAACUCAAAACCUUUAUGUGUUUAAAAUGUGUAAUGUUCAUUUGUAUAUGUAGAUGGUUAAUUUAAUAAAUAUAACAAAACAAAUUAGUUGCUGUGUCUAUAUUUGAUGUUAAUAGUAUGUUGAUAAGAGAUAAUUUUUAAGUUUUAAUAAGUGCUGAAAUCAAAUGAAACAAAUGAAACCCUGGAAAAUAAUUGAAUUUUAUGAAUCACAGUAAUUAUAAUAUAUAUAUAUAUAUAUAUAUAUAUAUACUGUAUAUACAUUUAUAAAUACAUUUAUAUAAGUAGGCCUACAUAUCUUUGUUACGUACCUUUAUAUAGUUUUUACAAAUUUUAUCUGUUUUAAGGUUUUGGAUCGUUUCUCAAACAAUGCUUACUAAAGCUAGCGAUAUUAAGAAUCUUCAAUUCAAUAAUACUAUUAAGUUUAUAUAUAAAAAAAUACCGAAGCAAAAGCUAUCUAGACUAACACCCCGGCAAGUAAAAAAGUAUUUUAAAAACUCAUUAAAAAACUCUUUAAUUCAUACACACACAAAGAGUACAAGCUUGUAGAACUAAAUCAGUUUCGUAAAAGGCUAGGUAAAUUAGCAAACAUCUCUUUUCGCUUGGAAGGGUGUCUGCUUAUGUAAUUGAAGGGUGUUAUAACAAUCCAGAACAAAAAAAAAAUUCUAGAAAUGUUAUCUGAAGAAAUCACUCUUUAGAAGAAAUGAGAGCGAAUACUUUUUUUUGCCCAAACAAGAGAGAGAAUGGUGUCGUAGAAAAGGACUGACGUCACAAAAUCAACAAAUUAAAGGAUGAGAUCGUUAUUACAGCAAAAUGUGGGAGAUGUGAGGUUCAAUGUCACGAGAUGUGAGGUGCAAUGUCACGAGAUGUGAGGUGCAAUGUCACGAGAUGUGAGGUGCAAUGUCACGAGAUGUGAGGUGCAAUGUCACGAGAUGUGAGGUGCAAUGUCACGGCUCAUGGUGAUCAAUUUAAGUCAACAGACUGAAUCUAACAAAAUUAUUAAAGGGAAACAAAUGAAUUAUAUGUCAAACUUCAAAAAAUAUUUGUAACCAUUUUAUAUGUGACACAGUAAUGAAAAAAGUGGCUUAAAGCAUUAGAUAACAAUUUCAUAUUAACCUUUCAAGAUUUAUUUCUUUUUGUUCAGUUUAAAAAAAAAAUAUACUUACUUCCUUCAUUACACAAAUAUAUUUAAGAAGAGAUUGGUAUUAAAUAUUAUUUUUUUAAAGAUACAUUUUAACUUUAUGUUAGUAAAACAGUAGUGUUCACUUACAUUUUUGUAUAAUCCCAAUACAGAUAUGAAUUGUAUAUCUAAAAUCUAGAACUAACUUUUUUAAUAUGUUAAUUACUUAUUUCAUUUUUUUUUACAGAACAUUUUAUAAAAAUCAGACAUGCUGAAUAUAACGAAGAUUUUUAUUGUGAUAACAACGAUUAUACGUAAGAGGUUUCUUUUUUAAUAGAGUAAAUUAAAAUUGUUUGCAAUAAAAUGAUAUAUUAGUCGGUCAUGACAUCUUUCCCUUGUUGUAAAAAAAAAAAAAAAUAAUGGUAAAUAUAAUUAUCAUCCUUUCAAUUUUAUUCUUUCAGCUCUUUUGCAAGGUCAAGGCAUUAAAGUCUUCCAGAUCAGACAAGAAGACUGCGAUACGAAAUGCUCGAAUGAACUACUAAAUGAAAUUGACUCUUUUGCCUUAAAUACGACUGUGUUAUUAACAACUGAGCUGAUGAAUAACUCGGUUGUAAUCUUUGAGAUAAUGCCUAAGACAAGCACGGCAUUUAAUUAUGUAGGUUGUAAAAUUUUAAUAUGAGGCCUAAUUACUAUAAGUAUAAGAAAAUAUUAUAUAGCUUAAAAAAGUGCAAUAAUGAAGUAAGCGUGUAGUUAAAUGUAAUUGACAGUCAAAGACUGUGAUUUAAAAAAAAAAAAAAUAAUUGUUAAAGCAUAAAAUGAUUUUUUUUUUUAAAUUUAAAAUUUUUGUAAAGUUAAAUGAAAAAAAAAUUAAAACCAACUAUAAUAUCAUAGUAUAUUAUUUAAAAAUAAAUAUGAUGAGAAUUUAAAAAAAAAAGAUUUAGAAAAAAACUGGCUAAGCCACAAUAUCAUUUAGAGAAGUGCACAAGUUUAAACUUUGAAUUUUAAUUUAAUAGGGUGAAUAUUUAGUGCAUUAUAAUAUUUCUGUACAAAAUUUACUUUCGCAAACAUUUUAAAUAUUUAUAAAAAAAUUCGAUUAACAAAAUUAUGGAGAAAUUUUUUUAAGAGCCCAAACCAGAUACACAAAAAAAACACAACAAAAACAACAAAGUUUAAAACAAUUUUCUUAAAUACCAUCUCAAUAUACAUAUGGAAUAUGUUUAUAAAUAUAAACAUUUUUUACCCAGCUGUUUUCUGUAGACAUAAAAUCGGACUGCACACAGAGUAAAAAGCCUGGAAGCAAUUACCACUGUUCUCAGAUCGCUGACAAUAUGUUCAACAUCUCCAUUACGUCAAAAGCCGUAACGUCCCUAAGCCAAGCUACAAUUCGAGGCCAAAUAAAGCACUAUAAUUUAACUUUAAUAGCUCAAUCUGAGCAGAAUUUACCCAAAAUAUGUGGUAUGUGUUUUAUUUAUUUCUUUAAAAAAAUUGUAUGCAUUAACCACGAUGUUUUACUUUCCUUUUACACAUCCAGCAUAAUUGAGUUAACUGACGCAUUUGAAGGGCAAACGAUACAAUUAAUAUUGACCAGUGAUAUUAUUUUCUAUUAAUAUUUAAUUUAAUUAUUAAUUUUUUAUCUAUAAACAAAAUAAUGUUUGUUAAUAUAUAUAUAUAUAUAUAUAUAUAUAUAUAUAUAUAUGUUAAAAAGUAAAAUAAAUAUUUUAGAAAGUAUUUACUUUUAGAUAUUAUUUUUUAUUUAUAUUUAAUUUAAAUAUUAAUUUUUUAUAUAUAAACAAAAAAAUGUUUGUUAAUAUAUAUAUAUAUAUAUAUAUAUAUAUAUAUAUAUAUAUGUUAAAAAGUAAAAUAAAUAUUUUAGAAAGUAUUUACUUUUUUUCAGAACCUACUGAUGUAUUCAGUCAUUUAACAAUAAAUGGACAAAACGUAACUGAUACAGAGAACUGUACAUUAACUUUGAAUGAAGACGAUUUGUCUCUAGAAUUUGAAUGUAUUGGUCCAGCCAAGCCAUGUCUUAUAGAUCUAAGAGCUUCUGAUACAAACGAUAAAGUCACAGGAGAGGACAAAGUUGUCAUCCAAAGACUGAUACAUGAAGAUGUUCAACUAGAAAUUAGGCAUGCCCUUUGUCGAUUAGAUACAAAGGUUAUAAAUAUUAGUUGCACUGUAUUUAAAGGUCAGUUAAUUGCAAAAUUUUCAAUAAGUUUAGUUAUAUAAAAGCUAUUAUUUGUACGUAUUUUCAUUUAAAACUUUGUAACCAUUUUUAUUUAAUUAAAUGCCUAAAAUUUCAGUCAAAGGAAAAUACGACAUCAUCAUCAUGAGUGACGCUACAGAUCAUGUAAGGCCCUGACCUGUUCCACACAUCCUUCUAUUCAUAACGAGCUACGGCUUUCCGCAUUCAUUUGCAAACCCCCAACUGGUGUAAAUCCUUCUAUAAAUCGUUGAUCAAUCUUCGAAUUGGGCGACCAUUGAGUCGUCUGCCCCUAGUUGUUUGCCUGUAUAUCACUUUUGCUGCUCUAAAUUCCGGCAUCCUUUCAAUACGUCCUGCCCAGCGCAGUCUGUCUUGUUUAUUGUUGCGACUAUGGGUGUGUCUUUGUACAAUUAAUAAGCUCUUGUUUUGUACGGAUUCUCCAGAUAUCAUUUUCCAUCACUGAACCGUAUAUUUUUCUGAAGAUUUUCGUAUCCCAUAUAUUUAGAUGGUUCUUUGCUUUUCUGGUAAGUGUCCAAGUCUAAAUAGCUUAUGUCUAAAGGUAAAUAAAGACAAUAAAAUAUCAUUGACUAUUUUGUUUAAAAAGUCAGUACUAUAUCAUUUUAUUUUAUAAAAACUAUCGUCCAUUAAGGGGUAUAAACAACAAAUGGCACAAUUAUACCUAGGAAAAAUUACUAACUUCAAUAUAUUAUAAUGCCUGAAUAAGAGCAUAAUUCAUCAGUUGAAUCAGGGCACACUUCAUCAGUCAUAAAAUAUCCAACAGUAAAAGGUUUACACAUGGGAGGGAAAAUUUGUCCGGAAAAUAUAUAUGGACCAACAGUGGAUGAAUAUGGAAGGAUAACGCUAAACAAACAGCACUGUUCUGAAUCGCACUCAAGUACCAGAAAUAAAAAGUCAGACUACGAUAAGUGGGGCACUAAGAAAAAUGCCAUAUGAAAGAAAAAGAAGUGGGUGCAUCACCAACAUCUCAGUGGUAAAUGUCUCAAAGGCAGAACUAGGUUUAGAUGGAUGGAUAAUGGGGAAACAAUCAAUAAAGCAGCUGGGAUUCCAAGCAUAGAAAAGAAAAACAUGAGUUACUCAUGAGUGAAAGGACGCAAUGUGGAAGUCCGAAACCCUUCAUCGGUUUUACGACCAGAUGGUCGGAUAGAUGAGUGUUCCGAGUGGAAGGAAGUGGUGAGGCAGGCUAAAACAUUACAUUUGCUGUAGGGCCACAAAGGGGAUGAAAUAGUAGAGGUAUUUAGAGUCAUUGGAUUAUCAUAUUUAAAAAUUGCUUCUUUUAAUAUCUCUGUAUUUAAUGGUACUUUAAAUCUUGGUUUAAACUUGACUUCAAUUGCAUUUCAAUUAUUUAAAAUAUGUAGUUUUCAUUUUCAUCUCGCCAUCUUUUUUACUAAGCAUAUAUAUACAUUUAAAAAAAAUUAAACUUCGCACAUAAUCCAAUAAAUAGUAUAGGCCCUACACGUACAAUAAAACACAUUGUUAAUUUAUGUAAAAAGAGAAAGUGUGCUGGUAAAUUACUUUUUUUUUAAAAAUAUGCUUACACAGUAAUGUAAAAAUAAAGCUGUGAUACAUGCGGAGCAUUAACAAAAUAUUUAAAAGUUAAAUAUUAAUUGGUGGUUCUUUUCUUAUUAAGGGUAGACAAGAGAAAAUUUUUUUUAUAUGCACAUAAUUAUCAAAAGAUGAUGAUAAAAAUGGCCAAAUAAGUUUAACAUUGCAUUAGAAUACGUUUAGAAUAUAUAUUGAAAGGGAAAAAAAAUAUUUGCUUAAAAAUUCUUGUAAUUGAUAUAGUUUUUCUUGCUCUCAUUUUUAAAAUCAAACAUUAUAAACUGCUAUUAUUUUGAUCAUAUUUUUUUAAAUGUUCCAGGUCCAAACAAACAUCACAAAAUGGCUAUGAUAUUAGCAAUAUGCACUGGAAUUCCAACAAUAAUUAUCUUAUUGUCUGUAAUAGUAUGCAGGUAAACAUGUUAUGUAAUAAAACAAAUUAAAACAGAUUAAUAACGUAUUUUUUAAAGAUAUUUACAGACAUGGGUUUAAAACAAAAUUUGCAAGUGACACUUAAACUUCUUAAUCUCUAUUCAUUAAGUCAAGUAUUUCCUUAUAAUUCCUUUCUGUCCCUCUUUAUCGCUCUUCAGUGUUCUUUAGUUGUGUUUAAUCUAUUAUUUCUCAACAAAUAAAAAUAAUAAUAAUACUGAAUUAUUAAUUAUUGUUACGAACACAUAUGUUUACAAUAAUUUGUAUUUAAUCAUUAUGAUUAUUGAUGUGAUAAAUAUUUAAAUAUAAGUCAAAUGAGUACAUCUAGUUUAAUUGUUUUCAAUUGCCCUGCCAGAUUUGUAUUAAAUAUAUGUUAAUGUUUCCCCUCUCAUUCUUUAGUGUGUGUAAACUCACCUUAAACCGUCGAAGACCAGGUUUGUAUCCUUUCACAAAAACAAAGUUAACUGCUUCAAUUUGAUAAGAAAUAGAAUGCAGACUAUAAAUCAAAAAUAAUUAUGUAUAAUAAUAAUUCCUAUGUACAUCUUAUCCGCCACGCUCUCUGUGUGGACAUGAUGCGCUCUUAUUCGCUGCUCCCCCCCCCCCCUGGUCGUUAACACCAAAUGUACACACAGGAACACAUUCGUUGCCUUCACAUUUUUGACAACUUACAAGCUAUUCUUGAAUAUAGAUGAAUUUAGGUUUAAAUAAACAUUUGUUUAUUUAUGGCGCAUCAUCUGGAAUUUUUAUUUAAUAGUAUGAACACCUUCCCGUAUUUUACACCCGUGGCCUAAUUGCGUUGCCUUAACUAGACAAUUAAAUAAUAUUUAAAAAGUUUUCGAUAUCUAUACGAUUUAACACGAUAUUUCACCAAAUGUACAAUAUUCAGCUAAUGACUGGAAACAUUUAACGUUCAACCUAAUAUUAAUUAUUGAAAUUUAAAAAAAAAAAAAAAUUAAAUCAAAUUAAAUGAAAAAUAAUUAGGAAAGUGUAUACUAAAUAACCAUAAGCCAAAUGUUAAGUUGAUUGUCCUAUUUCAUCUAAGGCUGAGAAUAUUUUAAAUGUGUGUGCGUAUUAAAAACUGGAUAAUUUUAAAUAAAAUUUAUUUGUAUGAUAUAUUGAUUGAUAACAAUUCAGUAAAUAUGGAAAAUAGAUUGAAACUAAAGUUAGAUAUACUAAAGGUAAAUUAUUCAAAGGUUGAAUAUUUUUAAAUACAAUUAUUUAUAUACUAACGCAAUAAUCUAAUGAAUAGAUUUCAUUUAAAUAUUUACCAUUAAAUUUGUGUAAGAUGUAUAUUUUAUAUUAUUAGUUCCAGCGAAUAGCAAUAUUACUGAAAUGUUAAUUGAAUUUUUACAGCUGUUAAAGAACAAAAUACAAAGUUAACUCCUCUACUGAAUGAGCCUCAGAAUAACAACAGAGAGACUACGGUAGUGUUAUGCGAGCAUCGAUCAACAAUAAAUGAUCAAAAUUAUAGCAGCGACAUCCCUUUAAAUUCAGAUGCAGAUCAUGGACAUACUGCUGUUAAUCAAACCCCAGAAGGAAGUAUUUCAAAUUUUGAAAUGCCUCCAAAUAAUGGGUCAGGGGAAUUAAUGAUGGCAUCUCUUCAUGGCGUCGCAUAUACAAUUGAAACACUUAUAGACAAAGAAGCUGAUGUUUACAAAUCAAGUAAGGAACUAUUUACUAGCUUAAAAAUUAUUCACACAUAAAUAAUUAAAAUACUUAUAAAAUAUCCCGAUGACAAUACAGUCUUACAAUUUAAAAAAUAAAAAAAAAUAAUAAUAAUAAAAUGCGCAAAGGUGCGUUACACAUCCGCAAUAUGACGACCAGCACAUCCUUCAAAACUGCCUUAAAGACCCAUCUCUCUUUAAAUUGUACACAAUCGACUCAUUCUCCUCCCACUCUGACAGAUAAAUAACGCUCGAGUCUGCUGGGUGCUGUCCAUGGCUAUAUAGUGGUAGAUAGUACCUGGGUGGGUGAGGUCAAGCUUUUCACCAAAUUUUGUUUUUAAAUGUAUCCUUUUCUAUAAUUUUUUUAUGUGACGCGCAGUGAUCCUAGCUGUAGGAAGGAGUACUGCGCUAUGUAGAACCAACUAAUAAUAAUAAUAAUAAAAAUAAUAAUUAUAAUAUAAAAACAAUAACUUUGCUUUUAUGUUCCCAUCCAUAAAUGUAUAUAUUAAAACUGUUUUGACGCUGAUAAAAUUAAACGUCAAAUGAGAUGGGGACGAAAAUGACGAUUCAAGAGAUUAUAUUUCUUCUUAUUUUUUUACGUUUUUUUUACAUUAAUUUUAAAGACUAGUGGUGGAAAAAAAAAACAUGUUAGCUUCUGUGUUGUUGUAAUCCGUCACAAUCAACUAGAACAUUCGAAUCAUCCGGUCAGGGGGAGGGUGGGUUAUGGUGAGCUCGUAGCUGGCUUGCCAGACGGAUCCUUGCUCGGAAAAAAUCUCUGGCACUACGGGCAGGGGAUAGUUGUUACAGUCGGUGAUCUACUAUUGCUCUUUCGGGCGAGCCUGCUUGUCUCAGCUGUAGUUAUCCUACUGGCUUCAUGAGAUUUAGCCCGAGUCCUUGCAGCAUUUCUCGACUAGGCUAUUUCUUGGGCUGUCUGGACCCAUUUAAUAGGGUUGAUGCUGAAGGCCUUUAGUGCCGCUUUCAGUGAGUCAUUUUAACGCUUUUCUUUACCUCCUUGGGAGCGCUUGCCUAUCGUGAGCUUUCCGAAGAAAAUCUGUUUUAGGAGCCGGCGGUCUUCCAUAAAGGCUAUGUGCCGCCAUCCAACGGAGUUGAGUCUACAUCAGGUUGGUAAAGUUACUCCGACAUGAUUCAUGCCCACAUCUACAAAGAGGUUGGACCAGCGCUGACUGAUAAGCUAUUGCGUCUAUUCAAGAUCAUUGCAGACGGAAAAUGUACAACAAGACCUCAAAGAUUGUUUAAUAAUUCACCUGUACAAACACAAAGGAAACCGCCCGGCCGGCGAAAAUCAUCGCGGAAUUUUAAUGAUGUCCAUCGCAGGCAAGAUCUUGGCCUGAGCCCUUCUGAACCGCCUGAAUGCACAAUUGAGCUCGGUCUCCUACCCUAUAGUUAAUGCGGUUUCCGAAAAGAACACAGAAUUAUCGGUAUAGCGUUAGCUUUCAGACAACUUCAAGAGAAAUUGGAGGAGCAAAAUACGGACCUAUAUUUCAUAUUUAUCGACCGGAAAAAGGCGUUUGAAAGUGUCAAUAGAGUUGGCCUGUGGAAAAUCAUGAAAAAGCCUAGAUAAAUUCACCAACAUAAUCCGUCAGCUGCAUGAAGGCAUGAUGGCCCAAGUGCAGGACAGCGGUCUAUCAUCUCAAGCAUUCAGGGUCACAAACGGGGUGAUGCAGGGCUGUGUCCUGGUUCCCACACUGUUCAGUAUUAUGUAUUCUGCAAUGCUGACUGAUGUGUUCAAGGACUCCAUCACGGGCUUGCCCAUCCGGUUUCGCAACGAUUGAUCAGCCUUCAACCUCAGCAGGCUUCGAGGUUAAAACCAAGGUCAAACACAACACCAUCAACAUGCUUCAGUUAGCGGAUGAUUGUGCCCUAUACGAUGUUUUAGAAACCGUCAUGCAACACAGCGUUGAUGUCUUCUCUAAAGGCCAACAAUAACUUUGGCCUCACAAUCAACACAAAGAAGACUGAGAUGAAUUAUCAGCCAGCUUCCAGUAAGAUCUACGUUGAACCCAACAUCACCAUCAGCGGACAGCGUCUUAACGUGUUGGAUAAAUUUGUUUACUUAGGUGGCCCUUAUAGUGAACUAAAAAAAAAAAAAUUAACAAACUUUGACUUUUACUUGAAUAUAUUUUCUUAAAACUUUUACAAAUUUAAAAUCACUUGUGUAUUUAAUUAUCAUAUUUUUUUACAUUUUAAACGUUGUCGAAACGGUUGGGUGACGCAACAGCCUAUCGGUAGAGAGGUCAGGCUGUGAGAAGGGGGCGCUAAAAUGUCAGCUUUGAACUAUCAUUGAUUAUCCUGUUAACAGAGUAACAAUUUUUUUUUUUUUUUAAACCCCAAAAACAUGGAAAUGACAUUGACCAAUCUGAUACACAACUUUUUAUAUCAUUAACUCUUUAGAAUAUAAAAAGAUUAUUUUAUCAUAUACAAGGUUCUAAUAUAUUAUCUUUAAGAGAAUUUCAUUGAAAUUGUUAAAAUAAAGCAAUGUUGAACAUAUAUGUUUUAUGUGUUUAUUUUUAGCAAAUGCAGCAAGCAACGUGUAUACCGUGAGUAUAAUUUCUAAGAGCUGUGGAGAAAAUAUAUAUGCUAAAUUGAUAAGCGUAUAAAUGUUGCUGCUUUCCUCUUGUUAUCUAUUGAUUUAUAAUACUUAAAGCAAACUUUUAUAAGUUCACACAUGUUAAAUUGUUGUCUUAGUGUGUAACCAAAAUUGCGGAUGAUCAUAAAAAAACCUCAUUUGUCUUUGAAAUAAGAGAAUAAUUGCACUUGUAAGUUUCUUUAAUAUCAUAUUUGAAGAUGCAUUAUGAUAAGACAUACUGUUAAUACUUUAAUAUUGUAUAUAUUCAUUUUAGAUUGAAGACAGUGAAGCUAAAUUGGAAGAAACACAAUUACUUGAAGCCAAAAUUAUUUCAAAUGGAGCGUUUGAAAAAAAUUCAAUACACGAUUUAACGGACGCCUCAGUUAAUUGGCAGGUAGAAGACCAGGUAGAAGACAUGACAUCCCUUUUAAAAGGUGGAGUUGAUGUGUACAAUACAAAGAGUAAUGACGAUACAGAAUUGAUGGACUCAACACAAAGCAGAAAUAAAGGUGGAACAUUUAGUAAAGAUACAAAUACGACUGCGACUACUUCACUGUGUGCAGAUCAGAAUACAAACCUAGAGACUGCGUCAUUGUUAUUGGAACAUGGUUCUAAUAGAACUGGCAAAAAGGAUAAUAGCUUACGCCGUUUAAAUUUAGUUACACAACAUGGACAAAAUGAUAUCACUCAAACGACAACAGACAGCAUUGCAAUUGUAGAAGACCCAGCAAUUACUGGGACAAAUUCCUUAAUGAUUGCAUCACUUAAUGGCAACACUGAGACGGUUAAAAAUCUAAUUCACCAAGGAGCUGAUGUCAACAAAUCAAAUAAGGAAGGGUUUACUGCAUUAAUGUUUGCAUCACAAAAUGGUCACACAGAAAUAGCUGAAAUGCUUAUUAAAGGAAUUGCCAGUACAACGCAUACGAAGAUAAAGAAACAUACCAAGUUAAAAUACGCCGAAAUACAUGGUGCGGCUGUUAAUGACAAGAACGCUUACGGAAACUCUGCCUUAAUGUUCGCUGCAAUGAAUGGACACAGCCAGACUGUCGCGACGCUAAUCAAAUAUGGGGCUAAUAUUAAAGAGAAAGAUGAUAACGGAUUGACAGCUCUCAUGCUAGCAUCACUAUCCGGACACACUGAGACAGUCAAGACACUGUUGAAUCACAAAGCAAACAUUAAAAAGAAAAACAAAGACGGUCUCACCUCCUUAAUGUUUGCCUCACAAAAUGGGCGUACUGCAACUGUGAAAGAACUCAUAAGUAGGGGCGCUGACGUUAAUGAAAAGAAUAAGCGUGGUGUAACGGCUUUAAUGGUUGCAUCUGCUAAUGGUCACGCUGACACUGUUCAAUUGCUCUGUGAAAACGGCGCCACAGUUAAGAGUAAGGACUUGGAUAAGAAGAAUGCUUUGAUGUGCGCAAUGGGAGGAGAUCACAGGAAUAUCGUUGACAUUCUUUUAAAGCUUGGAGCUAAGGUCAGUUCCAGACACAGUGGCGGUGUGACGAGGUUGAUGCUUGCAGCAAAAUAUGGGCUAACUUCAACCGCUGAGAAUUUUAUCAGAAAUGGAGUUUGCGUUCAUGACAGAGACCACGCAGACCGCACCGCUCUGAUGUAUGCAAGUGAAAAUGGACAUACGGAUACAGCAUACAUGCUUUUAAGAAAUGGCUCAAACGUUAACGAAAAAGACGAUAGAGGUUUAAACGCUUUGAUGAUAUCUUCCAUGAAUGGACAUCUUGAGAUCUGUAGAUCACUCCUUCAGAAUGAAAUUGAUAUAAAAGAAAAAGAUAAUGUUGACAAGACGGCUUUAAUGUACGCUUUCGAACAAAAACAAGAUGAUGUAAUAGACUUGCUUAUAGAGCAUGGAGAUGAUGGUAACGAGAAAGAUAAAAACGGGAUGAACGCUUUAAUGCAAGAAAUACAAAAUGGCCGCAUACAUAAUGUUAGCACUUUAAUAAUAAAAAAUGGAGCAGAUGUGAAUGCAGAAGACCUACAAGGAAGAACCCCUUUAGUCAUUGCAGCACAGAAAGGCUUUAAAAACGCUGCUGAAAUUCUUUUGAAAAACGGGGCGGAUAUUAACAAGAAAGACAAAAAGAAACGAACAGCUUUAAUGUAUGCUAUACAAAAUAACCACGUUGAUAUUGUUGAAUUGCUCAUAGCUAAUGGAGCAGAUUGUAAGGAAAAGUUACAUAAUGAUUUUACCUAUUUUAUGGCUGCAGCACAGAUGGGACAAACACAAAUUGCUGAAUUGCUUUUAAAGAAUGGUGUUUGCCCAAAGGAUACAACAAUCUCUGGGAAAACAGCUUUAAUGUUUGCGUGUGAAAAUGGACAUAAGGAAAUGGCCGAGAUGAUUAUCAAAGAGGCCGUUGAUGUUAACGAGAUUAAUGAAGACGGUCAAAAUGCUUUAAUAUUUGCAUGCAAAAAUGGACACACUGAAAUUGCUAAACUUCUUGUGCAAAAAGAUGCGAACACAGACGUAAAAGAUAAAUAUUGUUUAAAUGCGGUAAAUUAUGCGUUAAAAUAUGGACUUGAUACAGCUGCCAUAUUUUCCCAUGCAUAGAAAAUUAUUUACUUGUACACAAAUGAAGUAAUUUUUUGUAUAAAAAAAAAUAUGAAUUGGCUUUAAAACACUGAAAUCAUUAUUUUUAGGUUGCUCAUUUUGCUCUCUGAUAAUUAACGCUCAAUUAGCUUUAAAUCAAAUUAUAAAGACGUUCUAAGGUAAAGCGAUUAUUUCCGGGCCAAGCAUUGGUCUUAUGAUUGGGUAGCGUGCUGCACCGGGGAAACCAUCACAAUCAGGUGGCAAUCAGUUUGGCCCACUCAACAAAAUUAAAUUGUCGGAAAAUUAAAUUUUAUUUCUCAACAACGUUUAUGUACAAACAAAAUGUUUUUAUGAUGAAACUAUUAAAUGUAUAUUAUUACCUCCAAAUCCUUAUGUCCCUUAGUCCUUGGACCGUUUGGGCGCCACAGAUGACAUGUGAACCAUCCUCCUCCAUUCUUCUCUGUCUUCAGCACUACGCACUGCAUCGCCCAGUGUUAGUCCUGUCCACUCUUUGAUGUUAUCGUUCUUUUUCUUUGUCUUGCUCUUCUUCUCCCUCCUCUUGUGGUGCCCUGCAAUAUUUCUUUGGCAAGCCCUUGCUUCCUGUAACGUGGCCGUACCAUUGUAAUUUCCGUUUUUUCACAGAAAUUAUUACCCAUAAGCUUAAAAUAAUGAUUCAAAUACGACUCUAUUUCUAUGACUCUGUGUGCUCUGUCAAACACGUAUAUUUCUGUUAGUGUUACUCUGUGUAAAUUGAAAACAAAACAGUAUCCUUUUUUUAAGCGUUAGCUCAUUUUUACAAGUCCUUGUUUCAUUAGUUGAAAAAAAAAUGGUUUAAAGUUACCUCCGUCUUAGUUGGGACUAAUGUAUGCUCAAAAAGCUGUCGUUGAACUUGUCCCUAUUCACUCCAAACCAAAAACAUUAGCCUCCCUAAAAGCUUUGUUACCAUCAAAAAGGGCUUUAUAUGUGUUGGUUGAUAUGCGAUUUUAUACUGCAGAUGCCGCUCAAUUAUAUAGGCAUAACUGGUGACAUAAACGGAUAUAUUGUAUAAACAUCUUCUUGGUAUUGAUUAGAGUUAACUUUCACCGGUCUCGUCCCAUUUCAAAGAAGAUAAACAUAAUUAGACAUUAGAUGUAUCUAUCACGGCACAGAUUCACUGUACCGAAAACAGAGAGAGAGAGAGAGAGAGAGGGAGAGAGAGAGAGAGAGAGAGAGAGAGAGAGAGAGAAGGACAAACUAUUUAAUUCAGCUUUUUUGGGCCAAUAUUAUAAUAUUGAAUUAAUACAAUACUAUCAUAUUAAUAGUCCACAAUGUCUCUGUAUUUCUGUUAUAAUUUCUGAUAUUUUUUGUAUCCCCAAAGUAUGUUUUUUCCGCUAAGAACUUGUUUUUCCCAGUAAUAAUAUAUAUUUUUGUUUCAUUCCUAUAAUUUUGGUUUUUGAAAAUCAAUCUCCGGGCGCUAAAAAGGGCAAUCACUUCAGUGUUUAACUAGUUUCUUUUUCUUGUCGUAUUUUCAUUUGUCCUGUUUGCUGUGGAAGGCUCUUAACCAAAAUGUUUUUAUUUUAUUGUCUUUCGAUCUUUCUGUUUAAGCUUCCACAUGGAAGUUCUGAAAACCAGUAUACAAAGAUAAAUGAUAACACAGCUAAUGAAACUAACAAUAUUCAAUUUAGUUAAGCUAUUACAUUUAUAUUGAAAAAAGAAUUAAAUAUAAAUAAAUGAAACUAUAUUAACUUACAUCACAGCUUGCGAAAAUGUACAAUGCUCGAAAGAUGCAAAUUUUAAUGUACUCAUUUUAUACAAAGAUAACAAUCUUGUUAGUUUGUUACGUCUGGUACACGUCUAGGACCAAUAGCAAAACUAUAUCUCCCUAGGAAAUCUGCAGGCUUAUAUGUAUUAAGGAGUAACUUAUACCCCUAAAAGCAUUUCUUAAAGCUGCCUCAUGAUGGCUGAUAAUAAAAUGCGAAUAGCUAUUUGCAUAUUCAAAUGAGAGUUGGGUAAAUUUGACUGGCCAUUCACAUUUAGUCAGUGAUGUAAAAAUCAAAAAAAAAAAGAGACAUGUGGAGGGGAAUGCUCUACGUUAAAGUAACGAAAUGCGAAAUGUAACAUUCAACGAACUAGAAAAGGGUGUUAUAUAGAUAUUUUAAAAAAAAAUUACUAUUUGC